UCAAAUAAUCAGGAAUUCUCAGCUGAUCUUCCCGAAACUUCGGAAGGUCAGCAAAAUUUGAGGUUAGGUUCCCCCGAUAGACUCAAGUCCUGGUCAAUCGCAUCGAUUACGCGUAGAUAUAAAUCAUCCAAUGUAAAGUUUGAACCACCAAGUAGCUUAUUAAAUUCUAGAGUAUCUUAAAAAAAUCCCCGAUAAAAAAUAAGCUCUCUCUUGACGUCCAUUAAUCAGAAAAAUCUAACGAUCAUGUACAAACGCUUUCCCUACUUUUACCUAUGUUAUUAUCAACGUUGAUGUUGUAUUUGGACUUAGAAAUGUAGUUUCUCAUUCGUAAAUAUAUUUAUCUAUAUACUCGUGAAACAUUCUGCUUGCAACGCCUUUUUUAACAAUGGAAAUGAAGCGUUGAGGCCCAAAAGAGCAAAGAAUGGCAUUCAGGUUCAUGCAAUGUUGCAACAAGGCGAUUCGGCAUGCACAUUGUUAUAGAAUUACGUGUGUUGAUGGAUUCCUCAACGUUUGUCAACAGCCUCAAUUGUCGGCAACCACCUGUUACAAGUGAAAUAACCUGUAAGCGUUGCGCGCGUUGACAAAGCAAAAGAAAUGGAAGAAGUCGACGAUCGACCGAAAUGGAUGAUCGAGCUGGAAAAUCGCAAGAGAAAGCCACGGUUAGCUCACGAGGCAGGAGCUGGGUCUCCCUGCUUGGUUUGUCAGGGUGGAUGCCCGGGGCUGGAUCUUCAUUUCUGGAGGAAGAUCUGCAAGAGUUGUAAGUGUAGCCGAGACGAUCACGAUGUCAACGAUGAUGAUUUCCCGCAGUUUGAUAUAUUGUUUGGACCUUCGGGAACGCCUAGGAAGAAAGGGAGAGUCGUUUUACGAUUGGAUAAUAAAAAACAAGCUGCACAUGAAAUGCCUUUCGACUGGAUACCGCCAAACACUACAAAGGAGCUUGCUGCGGAUUACAUGAAAGCACUGCCUGUGGAGAAACUGCCGAUAAAGGAUUCGCCUGGUGCUGUACUUAGGAGACAGCAACUUCAGAAACAGCUGCCGCUUCACGAUAUAGAUCAUAAGUCUUGCGAUGAACUUAGUGAACAAGAGAAGAAACAGUUUGAAAAAUAUUUGGAGAAUUUGAAGAAAUACGUCGGACAGGGGAAAGUGACUAAAAUAAUGGGUGCAAGACCGUUUGUACAACCUCUGAUGACACCUAUUAAUGCAACGGACAUGCAAAGAUUUAGUCCUCACCACAAAGCAAAUUCCCCCAUAGGAGGGCAAAGAGCUAACCUUCGAACGCCGAGCAGUUUUCUUCCAAAAGUGCCUACGUUGAAAUCUCCACUACUUGAACAGAAUCGAGAAUCACAUGCUACUCCAGUAAAAGUUGAAACUGUUCAUGGUGAGAUCGGAGAGUGUGCAAGUGGAGAAAAAUUGCGAUUAGGUCAAUACCAUCCAACUCUUGAUAAAAUUUCGAACAGUGGUCAAAGAAUGGAGUCAAAGUUAGUGGAUACCCUGAAUCAGCAGUUUGCGUCUCCAAACAGACUUACUUCUUCUCCUUCCGUAUCGAAACACCUAAAUCAAAUGGAAACUCAGGGGACGCAGACUCCACCAAGAACAGGAAAUCAUCAGUUACGUUAUGGAACUCCACAGGCAGAAGGCAUGAUAGAAUCAGUCGUUCAAAAUCCUAAAUUGUAUCACGAAGAAGGAGCAGUUUAUACUCCACUGCCUUCUCAUUCGCACAGUCUUCCAUCUCGAUCAUCUGCAUCGAGUGCAAGCUUGCCUUCGGAUGUUCAUCCCGAAGAAAAAUUUCUUCGCAACAAACAGUAUCCUCCCAAAAGUAGCUACCCGAGUCAAAGUGUGCCAAUAAAUACUGAGUUAGCAGAAUCUUCAACGGACAAUCACGGAAUUGUGCCAGAAAACGUAGCUAAUAUUUCCUCGGUUGGUUACUCUCUAUUCACAGAAGACGAUUUAAACCAAGAGUACUCUCGAUCAGCUGAAUUAAUGUUAUCGGAAGCUUUGCUUCCUCCAAGUGCUGUAAAUGCCAGUGACAUAGUAGGAAGUACUUUGGGCAAAGAUAAGUUAAUGUUCAUACAGGAACAACUUCGAUCAAAGUACAGCAAGGAUGACCCCAUAAGAAUGCGCCUUGCGAAAGCCCAGGAUCUUGAAUCGAACAGUACAAGAAAUACGGUGCCUCGAAGUUUAUUCAGCAAUACAGCUGAAAAGUGUUCUCCCGUUAAAGUGGAUAAAGAAAUUGAACAGGUAGCUAUUAUCGCAGCUAUGCGGAAUUCUUCUGGUGACAUUGCAAUGGGAGAGUCUUUGUAUGGACUCAACCAUUGUUACUCGACUCCUCUGGAUUCAAAGAAAGGACAUAGUACGGAGGAUGAUAAACUCUCAGGGACAAUGGGAUGUGGAAGUGAUGGGAACAAAGAUUUAUUCAGAGAUCAGAAAGGACACCUUAUCGAGCCAAAUUCGCCUUAUGCUUCUUUGGGAAAAGAGACAAUUACAGCAGAUGUUAAUAAAGAUGAAGCCAUUCAUCCAGAAUGUUCACAAGCUGCUGCACUGACGGGAAGUUCAGAGAAGGCGAAUUCGUCGAUCCAUGGGGAACCCUUAGACAAUGCUUACAGCGAUGCAGAAAUUCACCAGGCUCAUCAAUCCUUACCCUAUCGACAUCAAGCAGAGCUGAAUUAUCAACCAGUUCAUUCGACCGUCAUUCAUUCCGAGGAUUUACGGAAUCCAGUAUUUCCUGAGGGUGUGAUCGGAACUCCGCAAAUUGUGCAAAAUCCUGCAAACAUUGAUCGAUUGAGAGGAGCGAUGGAGGAAUUGUCAGUGGGGAUGGCUCCGACACAAAAGUGUCACCGAUGUCAAGAGUCCAUUCACAUCGGUGACGUUGUGGUCACUGCGGAGAAAGCUAAAAACUCAGUUUGGCAUCCAGGGUGCUUCGUCUGUUCCACCUGCAACGAACUUCUUGUAGAUCUGGUCUAUUUCUACUACAAAGGAAAACUGUACUGCGGAAGGGACCUCGCCAGCCUUUUGGAGAUACCAAGAUGCUUCGCCUGUGAUGAGUUAAUCUUUGUGAGAGAAUACACAGUAGCGGAGGGACACAACUACCAUGUGAAGCAUUUUUGUUGCUGGGACUGCGAUGUGCCUUUAGCUGGUCAACAGUACAUUUCCGAAAACGACCGUCCACUUUGCCUUCUUUGCUAUCAAAAGACUUAUGCCAAGACCUGCAACACAUGCAGAAACAUCAUCGAAGCCCAUCAGCAAGGUGUCGCUGUAAAGAACCUGGAUUUCCAUGCAGUGCCUGAAUGUUUCUGCUGCUUUGUCUGUAAGAAAAGCCUUCUCAAUGGUAAAAUGACAAUCAGGGAAGAGAAACCCUUUUGCAGUAAAGAAUGCGUCGGACAAUUUAUGAGCGAAAAGCCGCGAUAACUCACGUCGCAUAUUUCUCGCAAGGCUGAUUAUACCUAUAUUAUCAAGUAUUUAUGGCGCUAUAAAACUUUAAACUGCGGUACGUUUUUCCGGCUCGACAUCACAGUUUGUAUCUAAAGUUCCUACGGCAUGCUCAGAAUACCUUCUUCGAUGUACACGUGUAAAGCAUCGAGCUGAACAGAAAUGUCUUCCAUGCUACAGACUCCAUGCCUCGACGAGCUCGCGUCACGCGACCUGGAAAUGUUUCUCUAUUAAUAAGACAGGAAAACAUGGCCUCAAGGACACAGCUGUCAACUCCGAUCUAUCACAGUUGAAGGGCUCUAAGGGUUGGUCUACCGACGACCCCAUUUUUCUCCAGCAGCUCCUUAAGGAGAGCCACACGUUUAAUGUCCGUUUUACAUGCUGAGAAUUGAGUUUGGUAG